UUCCCAGGAGGCCACGCGCGGGCGGCGCUCUGUACCCGGAAGCCCGCGGUGUCCGGUCCCAGCCUUCUCUGGGAGCGGGCGGUGGGCAACGCCGGGGUGACCCGCGCCCCUCGUUCUUGAGCCCGCGCGCUCUGAGAGGGUGCUCGGACAGAUUGAAGCCAUGGCUAUUCUUUUUGCCGUCGUUGCCAGGGGAACCACCAUCCUUGCCAAACACGCUUGGUGUGGAGGAAACUUCCUGGAGGUGACAGAGCAGAUUCUGGCUAAGAUACCUUCUGAAAAUAACAAACUAACGUACUCACACAGCAACUAUUUGUUUCAUUACAUCUGCCAAGACAGGAUCGUGUACCUUUGUAUCACUGAUGAUGAUUUUGAACGUUCCAGAGCCUUUAAUUUUCUGAAUGAGAUCAAGAAGAGAUUCCAGACCACGUAUGGUUCAAGGGCACAGACAGCACUCCCAUAUGCCAUGAACAGUGAGUUCUCAAGUGUCUUGGCCGCACAGCUGAAGCAUCAUUCUGAGAAUAAGGGCCUAGACAAAGUGAUGGAGACUCAAGCCCAAGUGGAUGAACUGAAAGGAAUCAUGGUCAGAAACAUAGAUCUGGUAGCUCAACGAGGAGAAAGAUUGGAAUUAUUGAUAGAUAAAACAGAAAAUCUCGUGGAUUCGUCUGUCACCUUCAAAACAACCAGCAGAAACCUUGCCCGAGCCAUGUGCAUGAAGAAUCUCAAGCUCACCAUCAUCAUCAUCGUCGUAUCAAUCGUGUUCAUCUACAUCAUCGUGUCACCUCUGUGUGGUGGAUUUACAUGGCCCCGCUGUGUGUAAAAAUAGAAAAGACAAAGUUAUUCACCGGACGACACGAGAGAACAAGGAGUUAAAAGGCCGAAUGAUCUAAACCUUUCACUACUGACAGAUGGCGUCUGCCAGUCUCUUCAGCCCUCUCUUUCUCUUUCUGUUUUUAAUCCUGUUCUAUGCAUCCAGAUUUAUCUUUGUCCUCUCAGUCAGUUUAUUCCAGUGUACUUCAAAAUGAACCAUUUAUUGCAGCAGUAGCCUUAAAAAGGCUUUUGUCCGUUCCUUUGGUUUGUUCACUAGUAUUAUAGACUCAGAGAAACGUUUUCGUCGGUGAUUGCACAAAGCCAUCGCCAAGGUGGAAAACACCAGUCUUGUAAACUGCCUGCUAAAACUGUAGCUGAACAUUGUACGUGCACAGAAAAGUAUUCGAGAGACACGUAUUGCUACCAUCUCAUGUUUAUGUCUUUUGGUAUUGAGGAGUUUUAGAUGCUCGAAAACAAUACGAAUGGAGAAUUACUGUUAUUUGGGGAAUUGUAAUUCAAUUGUUGGUGCUGCCUGCUUCUAGCAGCCCAAGCAGAUAAAGUAUUAGACAUUCUGUCUUGGUCAGAGGGAGAAUAUUUUUAGAAGCACGUGGAAUUAUGUUCGACUUCCUAGUACUCACUUUCAGGAAGAAAGAUUUGACCAUUUGCAAACCUCACAGAGCUCAGUAGCUUCUGUUUCCCCGUUGCAGUUGAUUUGAGAAGAUAAUGGUUUAAAUAUGGCCGAAGGUUAUGGUUUUCCACAUAUUUCUUUGGUCCUCAGUUGAUUUUUAGAGCCAUUCUAUAGUUAAUAGAAUAGACAGUGGAGGGGGUGGGGAGGCACCACAGAGGACACGCUAACGUUUUAGCUCUGUGAAUGGAGGCAGCGUGGGAAGGUUUUUCCUUUCUGGGAAAAGCCCAAACAGAACAUGGUCAGCUCCAGGGUUUGGGUCUGGCUGCUGUCGAAUAAUAAUAGUCUGAGCAUCCUUUGUGGUUCAGUAAGUUCUUUAAUCUGCCUACUUUUGAAGAAUUCUUUCGUGAAACGAGAGUAGGCACGACGAUGUCUAGAAACAACGCAAGACAGUUCAGCAUCCAUUUAACUGCACUGUAGGAAAACUGCUGUGGAUGCUUCGCUUCGGCGACUGUGACGUCUCUCUGCUGGUGUGUACUUUUGGUGUGUAUCUGGAAGGACAUUUACUGCUCUGGAUCUAACUGCAUUUAUUGAUCAAUAAAUGCCAGUAAGCAGAAAUUCUAUUAUAUUCGACUAUUUUCCCAAUAAAAGAACAAAUCAGUCUGUAAAACCUAGCCACCUGUUUAGCCUAGUCACGUGCCUUGAAUAUAUAUGUGUCAUAUAACCUGGCUGAUGCUACCUGUUCUUCCACGUAAACCUUUCGGUUCAUUAAUUGGACACGGAUUUCAGGCCCACUGGAACGCUUUUCCUGGCGACCAUGCAUUCUACAAAUGUUCUCUUUAUCAACACUAAUGCCUUUUAAUUGCAUCAGCAUUUCCUACUGGAAAACACAUUUGUUCCAGGAAAACAUUUGCCAUUCCUGAAUAAUAAUUUCCAAAUGUCUUUAAUCCAAAGAAGAGGACUUAAAGUGGAUUUCCCUUUCGUAUACACGACUGAAUAAAAAUGAUGUGCAUGUCUUAGGGAUAAAUGACUUAACUGUCCCUCGAUCUGUUUAUGUAUAAGAAUGCUUUUUAAAGCACAUAUCUUGUUUUAAAUGACGCACAAACUGAAGGCAUUAAUAAAAUUUAAGAGUAAUACAAUGA